CACACUGAUGCGCGGGGUGCUGGAGGAGGGCGCUCCUGUAAGUGGACUUCAGAAAGCCUCCCUGUUUACUUUACUUUAAACGAAGAGGACAACGAGAGAAAAUGUAACAAUCUCGUCGCGACGGGACGCAUAGUGAGUGUUUCUGCAUGUUCUUUGCGCACCUGGCCGCCCGAGCGCGCACGCUGAGCGGAACAUCCGAACCCUUUUCACUUCCACACCGGUUUAACCUGAAGCCACACGCCUCCUAGGGAGAUGUGGAGAGGUUUUGUGACACCCACUGCAUCCCGGCUGUUCCUGCUGAGCGUCUGGCUGGAAGGGUAGCCGCUGUGUCCCGAGGAGGAUGCCGAACAGCUGGCUGUGACUCUGUCAAGAGUGGUCCACCUCAACCAUCCUGUUUGAUGGAGGGAGCAUUGAGAGUCUGUGGCUGCCUGUCUGUGGAGAGUGCUGCUGAUGAUCAGUAAUCUGAACCUUCUUUGGAGUGAGAAAAACACCAACAGCCCCCGUCUACGCCGACUGUCAGUGUAUCCCUUUAGAUUUGCUGCCACAGGGAAUAAUAACCACAGGAUGGAGUCGUUUCCUCUGCUCACAUGUGGGCCGUCUCAGAUGGUGCCUGAGUGACUUUCAUUUGAUGCCAAGCUGAAUUAUUCACACGGCUUGCAGUCUUACACCAAAAGAAGGCAGCAGUCCUCACAGGUUUAUUGCAGUCUCAGCUGUAUCAUCUGUAAUCAUGAGCCAGACUUACCUGCUCUGACAGGAAGAAAGCACCUUUUUAGAAGGAUUGGCAUUGGUCGUUUGAGAAGCUGAACCAGAUGAAGGACAGUGUCAUAUAAACCCCAGCCCAUCCUCUGACUUCAUCCAGCCAGAGGGAACAAUCACUGACUGACAGCAGCACGCCGGGUCGCUCCGUGACCACCUCUCUUGCCCUGUGAGCUCCCUGCACCCUCUCCGGCAGAUCGCUACGGGUUGUGUCGCUAGUAGGAUGAUACUGGAUCUGCAUGUGUGCAUAAAGAAGUAUCGAGGUGCAAAUCACCACCUUUGGCAGUCAUGAGGAAUAGAGGGCUGAAGACGCAGUCCUGAAGAUUGAUGGAGGGCCAUGCUAUUCAAACAGCAGGCAUUGCUGAGACAGAAGCUCUUCGUUCUGGGCAGCCUUGCUAUCGGAAGUGUCCUCUAUCUUGUGGCCAGGGUUGGGACCUUGGAUAGGUUACAACCCAUUUGCCCCCUUGAGAGCAGAGUGCCCCCUCCUGAGCCAGAGCAAAUCCCUCUCCGUACCCUGCAGUUUAAGCGUGGCCUGCUCCAUGAACUUCGCAAGGGCAAUGCCACCAAAGAGCAAAUCCGUCUGCACAACCUGGUCCAGCAGCUGCCUCGGGCCAUCAUCAUCGGGGUGCGCAAGGGGGGCACCCGCGCCCUGCUGGAGAUGCUCAACCUGCAUCCGGCAGUGGUCAAGGCCUCGCAGGAGAUCCACUUCUUUGACAAUGACCAAAACUACGCACGAGGCAUCGACUGGUACAGGGAGAAAAUGCCCUUCUCCUUCCCUCAUCAGAUUACCAUUGAGAAGAGCCCGGCCUACUUCAUCACAGAGGAGGUCCCUGAACGCAUUUUCAAGAUGAACUCCUCCAUCAAGCUGCUGAUCAUAGUCCGGGAGCCCACCACCAGAGCUGUGUCCGACUACACGCAAGUGCUGGAGGGCAAGGAGCGCAAAAACAAGACGUACCACAAGUUUGAGAAGCUGGCCAUCGACUCAAACACUUGCGAGGUGAACACAAAGUACAAAGCGGUGCGAACCAGCAUCUACACUAAACACUUGGAGCGCUGGCUGAAGUACUUCCCCGCAGAGCAGUUCCACAUCGUGGACGGGGACCGCCUCAUCACGGAUCCGCUGCCGGAGCUGCAGCUCGUCGAGCGCUUCCUCAACCUCCCCUCAAGGAUCAGCCAGUAUAACCUGUACUUCAACGCCACCAGGGGAUUUUACUGUCUGCGAUUCAACAUUGUCUUCAACAAGUGCCUGGCAGGCAGCAAGGGCCGCAUCCAUCCAGAGGUGGACCCGUCGGUGGUGACUAAACUGCAGAAGUUCUUUCACCCCUUCAAUCAGAAGUUUUACCAGAUCACCGGUCGGACAUUCAGCUGGCCAUGAUCAGCUUAUCCAAUGAGAUUGCUUGGAUUGAUAUUUUGUUUUUUGUUUUUUUCAAACACAAAGCCACCAUGUCUCAAAGAUAGUAAUAGCACUUUGAUUGCAUUUAAUACAAGAAUGACAGUGUGACCAAAUAUAAAAAGAACUUGAUGUGUGAGAAUAAAACAAAACAGUUUGAUGAUUUGACUAAGAGGUUCAAUUCAAAGCACUUGACCCUGCAGAUAAUUCACCUGUCUGUCAUUGUUCCCUAAAGAGGAAAAAAAGGACUGAACUGUGUGAUUAACUAAAGAGAUUAUUUUUGUUGCUCUUUAAAAGACUAUCAAACACUGACAUUCAUGCUGUUAAGAUAAGCUUUAAGUGUGAUGCUUUUUUCAUGAUUAAACACUUAAAAGAUGACAAAAUGACAUUUGAUAAACAGUUUUUCAUUUGUUCCCCAUCAUUUUUGUUUAUUUGACCAAAACUGCAUGUGCAAUCAAGAUGCCAUUAUAACGUUGUGCACUCUAGUAUUAGUUGUCUUCUGUUGUCAGUUCAUGUUGUCUUUAACCACAUUUUAUUUUUAAUUCAAGCUGCGAUAAUUCCAUUAGAUGGUUACCUCUUUUAAUUCUCAACAGAAUACCCAUUCUAAAGAGCAGGACAAAAUGAGGAUAGCUACUCAGAAUAAGAUCUAAUGAUUCAAACUUGAUUCAAGCCAUGCCCAAAACCUUCAAAGCAUUUAAGACUCAAGCUUGUGUUUUUAAUGUAAGUAUGAUGUUUCCUCCCCCUACAGCGCUUCCAUGGGUUUGGGAAAUACCAGGCAAAAAAAGCUAUGGUGGAGGAAAAAAAGUUUCCCUCUGAUGAUUCUUGUCAAACUGACUGUUUAUUCUGUGAUUAUUAGCAAAAUGUGUCUGUUUCUGUGCAAAUAUUCAUUCUGUGUCAUAAGUGUGUUGUUAAAAAAGGUGAUAUUAAAAUAAUGUGAACAUUUGUCAGCUGA